AGACUUUCUGCAGCUGGAAGGAGCCAACCAUGGAUUUCAGGCGUGUAAAGGAAUAUUUCUCCUGGAUCUACUAUCAAUACCAAAUUAUUAGUUGCUGUGCUGUUUUGGAGCCCUGGGAGCAAUCUAUGUUCAAUACCAUCUUACUAACCAUUUUUGCUAUGGUGGUGUACACUGCCUAUGUCUUUAUCCCAAUCCACAUUCGCCUGGCUUGGGAAUUCUUCUCAAAAAUAUAUGGAUUACAUACUACAAUUUCUAACUGAUCUUAUUUGCAUUCUGUGAAAUGGCAUUGCAUAUUUAUAUGUUGCUUACAACUUACUGAUUUAUGCAAAUACUUUGUCUUCUUUCACUAUCUGACCCAAAAAGCACCCUUAUAUCCUGCCUGGAGAGCUUUACCUCACAUAUCAUAUUCUCUUAACUCAUAUCUAUGACUUCAGAUUUUUUGUUGUUAAUAAAGACAAUUUCAUUUAAAAAUUUUCUGGAAAUCUGACUCAUA